AUGACCGUCUCACACACACCGCAGCCUCCACUCCUACUCGGUCCCUAUCUUCCACACAAGUGGACGGUUCCCAGUUGUCCCAGGCUGGUGGCGAAAAUUCACAGAGCCCUCCACACCACGUAUGAGGAUGUUGGGAAGGAGCUGACGGACCUUGACCAAAACCCCUCCUCUUGUAUCUCAGAGAACUGCACCCUCCACAGGAAACACCAUCAGCCUUCUCCCCCAUCUCCUCCCACAUCCCUCCCUGCUUCCACUACAGCUGGAGACACCUGCAACUCCUCUCCAUCCCAUGAGCCCAAGGAGAAACGCGUGCACUUUGACCUGGAAACCCUGCACAGCUACCGCCUGCACACACACACCGCCUCAGUGCGCGGCCGGCCCGGGAUGGUGGGCCGUCCUGGACUCGGUUUAGGAGGGUGGGGGAUGGGGGGUUUUACAGCCCCUCCGCAGAUUAACCUCCAAGCCAACGGAGGCCCUGUCUCCUCCCUGGCUUCCACAGGCUUGGUGCUCUCUCCUCUGGGGAGCAGGGUCGCUCAGACGAGCCUGUGGGAGGGGGAGCUCCAGGACCUGCAGGGGAAGAUCGAGACGUUUCGCACCCAGCUGAGAGACGCCCUGGCCAGGAGGGCAGAGAUCCAGAGCAGCCUGGAGAGAGAGAGGAGCGGACUCGUACGCAGGGAUACCAGCCUGGAGAGGGAGAGGCAGAGGAUACAGACUAUCAACACAGACAGAAGUAGCUCCACUCAGCCCAAACUCCCAGAGAGAGACAGGACCAGCCAACUGCAAACCCUCAAUAAUCAACAGACAGGGAGGGCUAACCAAUCAGGCGCUCCUGGGACUCAGCCAAGCAGCCAAUUAAACACAGUGAACAGUUUGGACAGAGGGAGAGCCAAUCAGAUACGCACUGUUAAUACUUUGACCGGAGAAAGGACUGUCCAUUCGCGCACUUCCACCAGUUUGGAGCGGAGUAGAGUCAACCAACCAGGUGCUGUAAACAUUACUGUCCAAUCACGGAACACUUCUAGCCUGGACAGACAGAUGGUGAACCUAUCACGCACUCUGAACGCUUUGGAGAGGACAAAAGCCAACCAAUCAGGUGUGAGCAGUGGGACUUGAUCGUCUUUCUGAUGCUGCUGGUGUGUAGGAUUUCAAAGGGAGUCGGGCAGCUGGUAUUUGCAUAGCCGUGGGAAGAUGGCUUUUGUUGGAAUGGGUUAAGUUUACGGGAUGCUUGCUAAAAAAUUACAGUAUAUGUUGACUCACACCAUUACUUACUGCAACCCUAAUAUUUUCACACUCGCUUAUAAUUACAACUAAACAACUCUAUAACUGCAAUUGCUUUUAAAAUGUCUACAUUGUCCGUGAAAUCAUAAAAAGGCAAUGCAAUCUUGUUGAAUGAAAGCCAAUAUAAAUUCGGGUAUCAGUGUAUUUAAAGGUAAACCAUGACUGUAUGGGUAAUCUAACAAUACUAAAGUAUGCUUGUGGAGACCGGUUGAAACCAUUAACCACUGUUAUCUGGAAACCAGAGCUUAAUUACAGAUAUGAUCCAUUGUCCUGGCUAAAGAGCCCUACAAAAGCACAGAAUAAUCAAAAUUAGGUGAAAAACAGCAAACAAAAUAAUUUGAAAAAGCGCAUUUAACAUCCGUUUUUACAGAGGGCUAAUAGCAGGAGAUAUACAUGCAAAAAAAUGUAUGUAUUCAAAGUCAUUCAAGUAAUAAUUUCCCAGUAAAUGUGAAUAAUAAAGGGGUAAAACUGUGAAGAAAGAGUGGUACAGCCCCGUAUUGUUGUACCUAAAUACCCCAUGACAUAAAAAAAAUCCUUCUAUGUGUUGAUACCUUGUGAGUAUUGUCCCGCCGUCAACACUACAAGACUGAUGACAGUAUUUCAAAAAACGGAUAUUUUUAUAGCUAAAACCCACUCUCGUAAAAUGUGUAAAAACUAAAAAGGUUUUUUGCUUUUGCAAGAGACGCUUUGAGAUGGUAAUUUCCCCCUGUGAGUUGAAGGUCUUUCAUAAAUAGAAUACCAGGGCAGGAAAAUGCACAUUAAAGGAAAACCUGUUGGUUAUACUGUCUGUAGUGAAAUGGAUUUGUGCCAUUUAGACUUAAAUACAUACUUCAAACCCCUUUCACGGCUGCUGCAUUAACUAAAUCAAGGUGCAAUGUCAUUUAAAUGGUUUUGUCAAUGUUGUUACCUUGUGUCGUUACGGGCAGCCUGUGAAAACAGUAGGCCCACUAUAAUUUGUUCUGUGUCUCCCAAAUGUGUCUGAGGAAAUAACCCCUGAUUGCAGAAUUAAACUUUCUAAACACUUGAUAUAAAAAGGUGUAAGUUAAGGUGGGUUUCCUUAGAAGGGGAUGCUAUUUGAACAUUUAGAGAUCAGUGUUUACAGACUAAAUGUCAUUUAUGACUCCCCAAACUCUAUGAGGGUGGAAUACUAAAUCCCUGCAGUACCAUUUUAAUGUGAAACUUUGCCCUUUUUUGGGUUCAUUUUAGGUUGAAACACAGGUGACCCCCCCUUAUUACUUGUUGGACUACAUUAACAUUUAAUGUGUCCAUCAGUAGCUGCAGCAACAUGAGUCAGAGUUGGCUGUCAGUGUUCGAAAGCUCUUUCCAUUUUCUAAAGUGCUGCAGCUGGCAUCAUUUCAAAGACAGUGGUUCUUUAUAUCUGCUUCAGACUCUUAGUAAUAAUCUAACAACCCAACAUUCUUUUACAUCGAGGCAGUUAAAACUAAAGAAGUAUUUAUUUAUCUGAACCUUUAAAGGUCCCAUCAUGGCCAUUUC